ACAAUUUCUGAAGGGGUUAAAACCAAUAAAAAUCAGUUCCCAGUUGCUUAUUUAAUUUUUCGAAGAUUUCUCACAAUUUGUGAGAAUGGUUGCCCCGGGAGAUUUACGAGCCGGGCAACCCCACAACAAGAGGUUUGCAAAAAGUAGGAUCUUAAAGGGGGAACAUUAUCACAAUUUCUGAAGGGGUUAAAACCAAUAAAAAUCAGUUCCCAGUUGCUUAUUUUAUUUUUCGAAGAUUUCUCAAAAUUUGUGAGAAUGGUUGCCCCGGGAUAUUUACGAGACGGUCUGCCCCACAACAAGAGGUUUACAAAAAGUAGGAUCUUAAAGGGGGAACAUUAUCACAAUUUCUGAAGGGGUUAAAACCAAUAAAAAUCAGUUCCCAGUUGCUUAUUUUAUUUUUCGAAGAUUUCUCAAAAUUUGUGAGAAUGGUUGCCCCGGGAGAUUUACGAGCCGGUCUGCCCCACAACAAGAGGUUUGCAAAAAGUAGGAUCUUAAAGGGGGAACAUUAUCACAAUUUCUGAAGGGGUUAAAACCAAUAAAAAUCAGUUCCCAGUUGCUUAUUUUAUUUUUCGAAGAUUUCUCAAAAUUUGUGAGAAUGGUUGCCCCGGGAGAUUUACGAGCCGGUCUGCCCCACAACAAGAGGUUUGCAAAAAGUAGGAUCUUAAAGGGGGAACAUUAUCACAAUUUCUGAAGGGGUUAAAACCAAUAAAAAUCAGUUCCCAGUUGCUUAUUUAAUUUUUCGAAGAUUUCUCACAAUUUGUGAGAAUGGUUGCCCCGGGAGAUUUACGAGCCGGGCAACCCCACAACAAGAGGUUUGCAAAAAGUAGGAUCUUAAAGGGGGAACAUUAUCACAAUUUCUGAAGGGUUAAAACCAAUAAAAAUCAGUUCCCAGUUCCUUAUUUUAUUUUUCGAAGAUUUCUCAAAAUUUGUGGGAAUGGUUGCCCCGGGAGAUUUACGAGCCGGUCUGCCCCACAACAAGAGGUUUGCAAAAAGUAGGAUCUUAAAGGGGGAACAUUAUCACAAUUUCUGAAGGGGUUAAAACCAAUAAAAAUCAGUUCCCAGUUGCUUAUUUUAUUUUUCGAAGAUUUCUCAAAAUUUGUGAGAAUGGUUGCCCCGGGAGAUUUACGAGACGGUCUGCCCCACAACAAGAGGUUUACAAAAAGUAGGAUCUUAAAGGGGGAACAUUAUCACAAUUUCUGAAGGGGUUAAAACCAAUAAAAAUCAGUUCCCAGUUGCUUAUUUUAUUUUUCGAAGAUUUCUCAAAAUUUGUGAGAAUGGUUGCCCCGGGAGAUUUACCAACCGGUCUGCCCCACAACAAGAGGUUUGCAAAAAGUAGGAUCUUAAAAGGGGAACAUUAUCACAAUUUUUGAAGGGGUUAAAACCAAUAAAAAUCAGUUCCCAGUUGCUUAUUUUAUUUUUCGAAGAUUUCUCAAAAUUUGUGAGAACGGUUGCCCCAGGAGAUUUACGAGCCGGUCUGCCCCACAACAAGAGGUUUGCAAAAAGUAGGAUCUUAAAGGGGGAACAUUAUCACAAUUUCCGAAGGGGUUAAAACCAAUAAAAAUCAGUUCCCAGUUGCUUAUUUUAUUUUUCGAAGAUUUCUCAAAAUUUGUGAGAAUGGUUGCCCCGGGAGAUUUACGAGCCGGUCUGCCCCACAACAAGAGGUUUACAAAAAGUAGGAUCUUAAAGGGGGAACAUUAUCACAAUUUCUGAAGGGGUUAAAACCAAUAAAAAUCAGUUCCCAGUUGCUUAUUUUAUUUUUCGAAGAUUUCUCAAAAUUUGUGAGAAUGGUUGCCCCGGGAGAUUUACGAGCCGGUCUGCCCCACAACAAGAGGUUUGCAAAAAGUAGGAUCUUAAAGGGGGAACAUUAUCACAAUUUCUGAAGGGGUUAAAACCAAUAAAAAUCAGUUCCCAGUUGCUUAUUUUAUUUUUCGAAGAUUUCUCAAAAUUUGUGAGAAUGGUUGCCCCGGGAGAUUUACGAGCCGGUCUGCCCCACAACAAGAGGUUUGCAAAAAGUAGAAUCUUAAAGGGGGAACAUUAUCACAAUUUCUGAAGGGGUUAAAACCAAUAAAAAUCAGUUCCCAGUUGCUUAUUUAAUUUUUCGAAGAUUUCUCAAAAUUUGUGAGAAUGGUUGCCCUGGGAGAUUUACGAGCCGGGCAACCCCACAACAAGAGGUUUGCAAAAAGUAGGAUCUUAAAGGGGGAACAUUAUCACAAUUUCUGAAGGGUUAAAACCAAUAAAAAUCAGUUCCCAGUUCCUUAUUUUAUUUUUCGAAGAUUUCUCAAAAUUUGUGGGAAUGGUUGCCCCGGGAGAUUUACGAGCCGGUCUGCCCCACAACAAGAGGUUUGCAAAAAGUACGAUCUUAAAGGGGGAACAUUAUCACAAUUUCUGAAGGGGUUAAAACCAAUAAAAAUCAGUUCCCAGUUGCUUAUUUUAUUUUUCGAAAAUUUCUCAAAAUUUGUGAGAAUGUUUGCCCCGGGAGAUUUACGAGCCGGUCUGCCCCACAACAAGAGGCUUGCAAAAAGUAGGAUCUUAAAGGGGGAACAUUAUCACAAUUUCUGAAGGGGUUAAAUCCAAUAAAAAUCAGUUCCCAGUUGCUUAUUUAAUUUUUCGAAGAUUUCUCACAAUUUGUGAGAAUGGUUGCCCCGGGAGAUUUACGAGCCGGUCUGCCCCACAACAAGAGGUUUGCAAAAAGUAGGAUCUUAAAGGGGGAACAUUAUCACAAUUUCUGAAGGGGUUAAAACCAUUAAAAAUCAGUUCCCAGUUGCUUAUUUUAUUUUUCGAAGAUUUCUCAAAAUUUGUGAGAAUGGUUGCCCCGGGAGAUUUACGAGCCGGUCUGCCCCACAACAAGAGGUUUGCAAAAAGUAGGAUCUUAAAAGGGGAACAUUAUCACAAUUUCUCAAGGGGUUAAAACCAAUAAAAAUCAGUUCCCAGUUGCUUAUUUUAUUUUUCGAAGAUUUCUCAAAAUUUGUGAGAAUGGUUGCCCCGGGAGAUUUACGAGCCGGUCUGCCCCACAACAAGAGGUUUGCAAAAAGUAGGAUCUUAAAGGGGAACAUUAUCACAAUUUCUGAAGGGGUUAAAACCAUUAAAAAUCAAUUCCCAGUUGCUUAUUUUAUUUUUCGAAGAUUUCUCAAAAUUUGUGAGAAUGGUUGCCCCGGGAGAUUUACGAGCCGGUCUGCUCCACAACAAGAGGUGUGCAAAAAGUAGGAUCUUAAAGGGGGAACAUUAUCACAAUUUCUGAAGGGGUUAAAACCAAUAAAAAUCAGUUCCCAGUUGCUUAUUUUAUUUUUCGAAGAUUUCUCAAAAUUUGUGAGAAUGGUUGCCCCGGGAGAUUUACGAGCCGGUCUGCCCCACAACAAGAGGUUUGCAAAAAGUAGGAUCAUAAAGGGGAACAUUAUCACAAUUUCUGAAGGGGUUAAAACCAAUAAAAAUCAGUUCCCAGUUGCUUAUUUUAUUUUUCGAAGAUUUCUCAAAAUUUGUGAGAAUGGUUGCUCCGGGAGAUUUACGAGCCGGUCUGCCCCACAACAAGAGGUUUGCAAAAAGUAGGAUCUUAAAGGGGGAACAUUAUCACAAAUUCUGAAGGGGUUAAAACCAAUAAAAAUCAGUUCCCAGUUGCUUAUUUUAUUUUUCGAAGAUUUCUCAAAAUUUGUGAGAAUGGUUGCCCCGGGAGAUUUACGAGCCGGUCUGCCCCACAACAAGAGGUUUGCAAAAAGUAGGAUAUUAAAGGGGGGAACAUUAUCACAAUUUCUGAAGGAGUUAAAACCAAUAAAAAUCAGUUCCCAGUUGCUUAUUUUAUUUUUCGAAGAUUUCUCAAAAUUUGUGGGAAUGGUUGCCUCGGGAGAUUUACGAGCCGGUCUGCCCCACAACAAGAGGUUUGCAAAAAGUAGGAUCUUAAAGGGGGAACAUUAUCACAAUUUCUGAAGGGGUUAAAACCAAUAAAAAUCAGUUCCCAGUUGCUUAUUUUAUUUUUCGAAGAUUUCUCAAAAUUUGUGAGAAUGGUUGCCCCGGGAGAUUUACGAGCCGGUCUGCCCCACAACAAGAGGUUUGCAAAAAGUAGGAUCUUAAAGGGGGAACAUUAUCACAAUUUCUGAAGGGGUUAAAACCAAUAAAAAUCAGUUCCCAGCUGCUUAUUUAAUUUUUCAAAGAUUUCUCAAAAUUUGUGAGAAUGGUUGCCCCGGGAGAUUUACGAGCCGGUCUGCCCCACAACAAGAGGUUUGCAAAAAGUAGGGUCUUAAAGGGGAACAUUAUCACAAUUUCUGAAGGGGUUAAAACCAAUAAAAAUCAGUUCCCAGUUGCUUAUUUUAUUUUUCAAAGAUUUCUCAAAAUUUGUGAGAAUGGUUGCCCCGGGAGAUUUACGAGCCGGUCUGCCCCACAACAAGAGGUUUGCAAAAAGUAGGAUCUUAAAGGGGGAACAUUAUCACAAUUUCUGAAGGGGUUAAAUCCAAUAAAAAUCAGUUCCCAGUUGCUUAUUUUAUUUUUCGAAGAUUUCUCACAAUUUGUGAGAAUGGUUGCUCCGGGAGAUUUACGAGCCGGUCUGCCCCACAACAAGAGGUUUGCAAAAAGUAGGAUCUUAAAGGGGGAACAUUAUCACAAUUUCUGAAGGGGUUAAAACCAUUAAAAAUCAGUUCCCAGUUGCUUAUUUUAUUUUUCGAAGAUUUCUCAAAAUUUGUGAGAAUGGUUGCCCCGGGAGAUUUACGAGCCGGUCUGCCCCACAACAAGAGGUUUGCAAAAAGUAGGGUCUUAAAGGGGGAACAUUAUCACAAUUUCUGAAGGGGUUAAAACCAAUAAAAAUUUGUUCCCAGUUGCUUAUUUUAUUUUUCGAAAAUUUCUCAAAAUUUGUGAGAAUGUUUGCCCCGGGAGAUUUACGAGCCGGUCUGCCCCACAACAAGAGGUUUGCAAAAAGUAUGAUCUUAAAGGGGGAACAUUAUCACAAUUUCUGAAGGGGUUAAAUCCAAUAGAAAUCAGUUCCCAGUUGCUUAUUUUAUUUUUCGAAGAUUUCUCACAAUUUGUGAGAAUGGUUGCCCCGGGAGAUUUACGAGCCGGUCUGCCCCACAACAAGAGGUUUGCAAAAAGUAGGAUCUUAAAGGGGGAACAUUAUCACAAUUUCUGAAGGGGUUAAAACCAUUAAAAAUCAGUUCCCAGUUGCUUAUUUUAUUUUUCGAAGAUUUCUCAAAAUUUGUGAGAAUGGUUGCCCCGGGAGAUUUACGAGCCGGUCUGCCCCACAACAAGAGGUUUGCAAAAAGUAGGAUCUUAAAGGGGGAACAUUAUCACAAUUUCUGAAGGGGUUAAAACCAAUAAAAAUCAGUUCCCAGUUGCUUAUUUUAUUUUUCGAAGAUUUCUCAAAAUUUGUGAGAAUGGUGGCCCCGGGAGAUUUACGAGCCGGUCUGCCCCACAACAAGAGGUUUGCAACAAGUAGGAUCUUAAAAGGGGAACAUUAUCACAAUUUCUCAAGGGGUUAAAACCAAUAAAAAUCAGUUCCCAGUUGCUUAUUUUAUUUUUCGAAGAUUUCUCAAAAUUUGUGAGAAUGGUUGCUCCGGGAGAUUUACGAGCCGGUCUGCCCCACAACAAGAGGUUUGCAAAAAGUAGGAUAUUAAAGGGGGAACAUUAUCACAAUUUCUGAAGGGGUUAAAACCAAUAAAAAUCAGUUCCCAGUUGCUUAUUUUAUUUUUCGAAGAUUUCUCAAAAUUUGUGGGAAUGGUUGCCUCGGGAGAUUUACGAGCCGGUCUGCCCCACAACAAGAGGUUUGCAAAAAGUAGGAUCUUAAAGGGGGAACAUUAUCACAAUUUCUGAAGGGGGUUAAAACCAAUAAAAAUCAGUUCCCAGUUGCUUAUUUUAUUUUUCGAAGAUUUCUCAAAAUUUGUGAGAAUGGUUGCCCCGGGAGAUUUACGAGCCGGUCUGCCCCACAACAAGAGGUUUGCAAAAAGUAGGAUCUUAAAGGGGGAACAUUAUCACAAUUUCUGAAGGGGUUAAAACCAAUAAAAAUCAGUUCCCAGCUGCUUAUUUUAUUUUUCAAAGAUUUCUCAAAAUUUGUGAGAAUGGUUGCCCCGGGUGAUUUACGAGCCGGUCUGCCCCACAACAAGAGGUUUGCAAAAAGUAGGGUCUUAAAGGGGAACAUUAUCACAAUUUCUGAAGGGGUUAAAACCAUUAAAAAUCAGUUCUCAGUUGCUUAUUUUAUUUUUCAAAGAUUUCUCCAAAUUUGUGAGAAUGGUUGCCCCGGGAGAUUUACGAGCCGGUCUGCCCCACAACAAGAGGUUUGAUAAAAGUAGGAUCUUAAAGGGGGAACAUUAUCACAAUUUCUGAAGGGUUAAAACCAAUAAAAAUUUGUUCCCAGUUGCUUAUUUUAUUUUUCGAAAAUUUCUCAAAAUUUGUGAGAAUGUUUGCCCCGGGAGAUUUACGAGCCGGUCUGCCCCACAACAAGAGGUUUGCAAAAAGUAUGAUCUUAAAGGGGGAACAUUAUCACAAUUUCUGAAGGGGUUAAAUCCAAUAGAAAUCAGUUCCCAGUUGCUUAUUUUAUUUUUCAAAGAUUUCUCACAAUUUGUGAGAAUGGUUGCCCCGGGAGAUUUACGAGCCGGUCUGCCCCACAACAAGAGGUUUGCAAAAAGUAGGAUCUUAAAGGGGGAACAUUAUCACAAUUUCUGAAGGGGUUAAAACCAUUAAAAAUCAGUUCCCAGUUGCUUAUUUUAUUUUUCGAAGAUUUCUCAAAAUUUGUGAGAAUGGUUGCCCCGGGAGAUUUACGAGCCGGUCUGCCCCACAACAAGAGGUUUGCAAAAAGUAGGAUCUUAAAGGGGAACAUUAUCACAAUUUCUGAAGGGGUUAAAACCAAUAAAAAUCAGUUCCCAGUUGCUUAUUUUAUUUUUCGAAGAUUUCUCAAAAUUUGUGAGAAUGGUGGCCCCGGGAGAUUUACGAGCCGGUCUGCCCCACAACAAGAGGUUUGCAACAAGUAGGAUCUUAAAAGGGGAACAUUAUCACAAUUUCUCAAGGGGUUAAAACCAAUAAAAAUCAGUUCCCAGUUGCUUAUUUUAUUUUUCGAAGAUUUCUCAAAAUUUGUGAGAAUGGUUGCUCCGGGAGAUUUACGAGCCGGUCUGCCCCACAACAAGAGGUUUGCAAAAAGUAGGAUAUUAAAGGGGGAACAUUAUCACAAUUUCUGAAGGGGUUAAAACCAAUAAAAAUCAGUUCCCAGUUGCUUAUUUUAUUUUUCGAAGAUUUCUCAAAAUUUGUGGGAAUGGUUGCCUCGGGAGAUUUACGAGCCGGUCUGCCCCACAACAAGAGGUUUGCAAAAAGUAGGAUCUUAAAGGGGGAACAUUAUCACAAUUUCUGAAGGGGGUUAAAACCAAUAAAAAUCAGUUCCCAGUUGCUUAUUUUAUUUUUCGAAGAUUUCUCAAAAUUUGUGAGAAUGGUUGCCCCGGGAGAUUUACGAGCCGGUCUGCCCCACAACAAGAGGUUUGCAAAAAGUAGGAUCUUAAAGGGGGAACAUUAUCACAAUUUCUGAAGGGGUUAAAACCAAUAAAAAUCAGUUCCCAGCUGCUUAUUUUAUUUUUCAAAGAUUUCUCAAAAUUUGUGAGAAUGGUUGCCCCGGGAGAUUUACGAGCCGGUCUGCCCCACAACAAGAGGUUUGCAAAAAGUAGGGUCUUAAAGGGGAACAUUAUCACAAUUUCUGAAGGGGUUAAAACCAAUAAAAAUCAGUUCUCAGUUGCUUAUUUUAUUUUUCAAAGAUUUCUCAAAAUUUGUGAGAAUGGUUGCCCCGGGAGAUUUACGAGCCGGUCUGCCCCACAACAAGAGGUUUGAUAAAAGUAGGAUCUUAAAGGGGGAACAUUAUCACAAUUUCUGAAGGGUUAAAACCAAUAAAAAUCAGUUCCUAGUUGCUUAUUUUACUUUUCGAAGAUUUCUCAAAAUUUGUGAGAAUGGUUGCCCCGGGAGAUUUACGAGCCGGUCUGCCCCACAAGAGGUUUGCAAAAAGUAGGAUCUUAAAGGGGGAACAUUAUCACAAUUUCUGAAGGGGUUAAAACCAAUAAAAAUCAGUUCCCAGUGGCUUAUUUUAUUUUUCGAAGUUUUUCUCAAAAUUUUACCCAUCAUGCAAUAUCCCGAAAAACGGCUUCAAAGUGCCUGAUUUUUACCAUCAGUAUAUCCACCCGUCCAUUAUCCUGUGAUGUCACUGUGUGAAGCCAGCAGAAGCAAACAUGGUGGAUAGCACAGAAAGGUAUAGCGAUAGUAUCUCAGAUUCAGACUCUGAUUUCAGCGGCGUAAGCGAUUCAACAGAUUACGCAUGUAUUGAAACGGAUGGUUGGAGUGUGGAGGCAGGUAUAGUGAAAACGAAACUGAAGCCGUUGAGACAUAUUGCUUUGAACCGCAUACAAGCGAAAACGACACGACAGACAGCAACACGGGAGGAAGCGAGGACGAAUUCGGCGAUCGCCUUCUAACCAACGAUUGGUAUGUGUUUGUUUGGCAUUAAAGGAAACAAACUAACAACUACAAACUAGGUUUACAUUCUUGUUUCGGUUUUCUGCGCAUUUUUACGGGAUGAUCUGGUGUUGAAAACUGGGCUCUGGGUGAUAUCUGCAAUAUACGAUUAUCGGGUGGACUUUAUUUUCCAUUGUCUCUUAUCACAUUAGACACAAAAUACUGCAUUACACAAGACUACCCGAAUGUACUCGAAUGAUUGGGGGAAAAAAAGUGCUUGCCGUGCUCCCGAGGUUCGUCAUCCAUGAGUAGCUCACGCACUCCGGCAGAUUCAGUGGUGAUCUAUUUUCCAAUAUUGCAGAUUUCUUUAACUUUAUCGUUGGAAAUGCAUUUGCUUUGAGUGUCGCAGGAUAUCCACACAUUCUUGCCAUCUCUGUCGUAGCAUAGCUGUCGUCAGUAAAGUAUGCGGAACAAACGAGGGACCAUUUCGUCGGCUUUCCCCACACCCUCGUAUUUUGAACAAUUAUCGUCCAAUUUCUUGCCACUUUCGCAUCUUUUGGCCAGUGGUGCAACUUGAAUCCGUCUCUGAUCGUGUUGUUACAUCCUCCGACAACUCACCGACGAGGCAUGAUGUCUCCAAGGUACGGGAAAACAGUCGAAAAAACGGAAAAUAACAAAGCUGAUUUGACUUGGUGCGUGUAAUGAGAUUGAGAAAAUGGUGGAUCCCUUCGUGCUGUGACGUCACGGGUAGAAGGUCAUCGCUCCGACAGGCUAUCAAUUGAAAGGCGUUUAAAUCGGCAAAUUCACCCUUUUAGAGUUUGGAAAUCGGUUAAAAAAGAUAUGGUCUUUUUUUUUCUGCACCAUCAAGGUAUAUAUCAGGGGUAGGGAACCUAUGGCUCUAGAGGCAGAUGUGGCUCUUUUGAUGACUGCAUCUGGCUCUCUUAACACAAUAAGUAAUGAAUAAUUCCACUUGUAAUCAUAGUGUUAAAAUAACAUUCAAAAUAUAAAACAUUCUCAUGCAUUUUUAUGUUCAAGAAGUUGCAUUAAUGGUAAGAAGUAAUUUAUUUAUUAUUGGUUAGUGUUGGGCUUGCCCUCCUGGGGGUUCUUCAGACCACCAAGCACCGAUAUGAGAGCCUUUUUUAGGGUUAAAAUAUAUAUAUUUUUUUCAAUUAGUCUCUCAGUUGCUUUCCAGCAAUUGUCUUUUUCCUCUUUCGUCCUCAUUCGCCCUCUGGCUCCAGCUCCAGCCCCAACCCUGUCUCUCCUCCCGGCUGCUGCUUAUAACAGAGCGACAGGUGAUUAGAUAACAAGGCCCAGGUGGGCCAUCUACGCACCUGUCGCUGAUUUCGAGGCCGGUCCUGGCAACAUCCUGCUUUGCUGCAGGCCCGCAGGCCACGCCCCCUCCACAGUUAGCUUCAGAAUAACAAUGUUAUUGCAAAGAACAAGAGACCUAUUAGACUCUGGAAAUGUUGGUCUUACUUAAAAAUGCACGCGUUUAGCUGUGUUCAGUGUUAAAAAAAUAUUAUAUGGCUCUUAGGGGAAUACAUUUUGAAAUAUUUGGCUUCUUGGCUCUCUUAGCCAAAAAGGUUCCCGACCCCUGGUAUAUAUUGACGCUUACAUAGGUCUGGUGAUAAUGUUCCCCUUUAAAGUGGCCCUGAGAGACCAACAAUGCCCAUAAUUCAUCUAUAGACACGGCUCUACUGCAGGGGUGCCCAUCAGGUGGACGGCGAAGGGUGUGUUGUCCGGGUGGAAAUCGGGAGAAAUUUGUGAGAAUGGUUGCCCCGGUAGAUUUUCGGGAGGGGCACUGAAAUUCGGGACUCUCCCGGGAAAAUCGGGAGGGUUGGCAAGUAUGCGUACGAGCCGGUCUGCCCCACAACAAGAGGUUUGCAAAAAGAAGGAUCUUAAUGACUGCAAUGGCGGACUCGCACAAAGAUCUUGGGUACAUUUCUACCAUGUAUGGAUAUGUCACCAAUUGGAGAAACCUCCCAAAUUGGGCAAAUUCCAAAUAUCUCAAUUGGAGGACGUUUGAAGGAAGGCGGGAUUGUUUUUCAAAUAUCUUCCACGCUUACAUGGUUUGAUUUCAUAUUUUCAGGUCCUAUGCAGAUCCAAAAUGCACAAAAACAUGUACCAAUAGCUAAGGAAAGCUACUGUGGUUUCCCUUUAUCAAUCAAAGACUUUUUACAUAGCCCUAAAAACAAAUGAAGUGCACUUUUGUGCAUGAUGUCACACAAGAUAUAUCAAUGUGUAAAAUAAAAAUGAGCUGCAUAAUAGGAAAUCAAACAGUGUAUGUCCUUCACUAUGUGGUAGGUUCCUGCAGACGUUAUCUCCUUCUGACUAUUUUUUCCAUACGGUGUUGGGCAUUUUGUGGGUGUGGCACUGGCCGGAGAUGUUGACAUGCGGAGUUUCAAGCACUCUUCAUUCUCUAGCGGGUGACUUUUCAAAUGAUGCUACAAAUUAGCAGUAAUGCUACUUUUUGUAGCAACGCUUUUGCCGCAUACUUGACAUAUUACGGUUGUCUGUUCAACAUCUUCCCGCUUGAUGCCACACCACCGCCAGACGAUGGGAAUUAAUUAUUCUUCCUUCAUUUGUUACCAGAUUUGCACCUUCAAUCAAUCAAUGUUUACUUAAAUAGCCCUAAAUCACGAGUGUCUCAAAGGGCCGCACAAGCCACAACGACAUCCUGGACUCAGAUCCCACAUCAGGACAAGGAAAAAACUCAACGCAAUGGGAUGACAAUGAGGUAAAUUACUGUAAACUGUAUAGCUGCUGGAACAUUCUAACACUUAUUCCCAUCAUGAAUAAAGCGCCUGCGAGAGGCCUAAGGAGAGAAGAUGCCUUCUAUUUUUUAAUGCAGUUUUUGUUUAUCAUGUUCAUACAAAAACAGAAAAGGGAAUAGUUAUGAGGCUGAAGUGUUCUUUCUUUCUUUGAUAAAAAGGCACAAAGCUGACACAAUAGUGUUCAGCACAUUCAGAGACUUCAUAACAGACAAAGUCACCAAACCUGUUUUCCGCAGGUGAAGGUGCAAAAACAAAAGCGCACAGGUUUCACUUUCUGCUGCAUUGUAGGGGCGGAGCCUGGUCCUAGUCUUUGCUUGUUUCCCUCUAGGUACUCCAGCUUGGGUUAUGUCAGGUGAAUGGGUGACUUCAGUUGUCCACAGGUGUGAAGCGGGGGCAUGAAGCAAGUUCUAGGCCCCCCACGAAGGACUCCUGAAGGUCCCCUUAUUAUCCCUCCCUGAACCCCAAGGUCAUCCCGCCUCACACACACUUGAUCUAUCUGAGGAUGUGGGGUCUUUGGCAACUCGAGUGUGUCCAUGGCUCAGAAACCCGAUGGCAAUCAGCACAAGAGUUUGACCCGAAAAAUACUUCCGGACAAAAAACGAAUUAAUCUCUAUCUAUGGCUGUCCAUCGAUUUCGAUGAUGACAGGGACUUAGGUCUUGCACAGUGGUUCUCCUCGCGGCCCAUCCAGGCUACCCUUGUUGGAUUUCAGACCUUCCCCUUGUUGUCCCUUCUUGCUUCAGCCUGGCAGAGGUAUCAGAUGGAGCUGGAGCAGCAGGGGGAUGCCUCUAAACCACCGCCAGAUAGGAUAAAUGACCAUUUAUGCACAGCUGGAUCCCGUUCAACCAUGAGGAUUCUCUCUGCUCAGUGGAUUCUUCUGGCUAUUGUCAUGGUUACACUCACCGUUGAGGCCAAAACUACAGCCAAGCCCAAGUACCAGCAUACCAAGAAACCUCUGUCCCCCGGUACACCUAAGCCCAAGACCGGCUCAGACAACAACAACAACAACAACCCCGUGGAGCCUCACCCGCUACUCAGCCCGGCCAGAACCACCAACCCAAGUGGUCUUUUCCCUCAGGAUGCAAGCACAGAGCCCCCUGCUGUGGGUGCUGAGAACUACACAUUGGAUUACAGCGAGUGCUACUUCAAUUUCUGUGACUGCUGCCCACCCGAGAGAGGCCCCCGGGGGCCAAAGGGCGACAACGGCCCGCCAGGGCCACCAGGGGAAAGAGGCCUUACAGGAUCAGCUGGUACACCUGGACCACCAGGUGUGUUCGGACCAAAGGGGGUCAAAGGAGACAAAGGGGAUAAGGGUGACCGGGGGAACACCGGCCCGGGAGGACACCCUGGAGGUCACGGGAAACCAGGGCAGAAAGGUGAUGGUGCACCAAAAGGACAGAAAGGUGAGAAGGGGACGCAAGGAGUUAAAGGUGUUGCCGGGCAGAAAGGCGACGCUGGUCAGAACGGGACUGCUGGUGAGAAAGGAGAACCGGGAAAAGAGGGGCCAGCUGGACCCCCAGGAGUGACUCUGGGGCUGGGUCUUAAAGGGGAUAAAGGGGAUAAGGGGGAAUGUGGCACAUUCGGGGAGAGGGGGCCGAAAGGUGAUCGAGGAGACACGGGGUCUGCGGGAAUCCCAGGAGCAAUGGGAAUCCCCGGAAUGAACGGCAAGCACGGGGCACCGGGUCCUAUAGGAGUCAGCGGGGAUCCCGGACCUCCCGGAGCACAGGGGGAAACUGGGGUGAGAGGGUCUCAGGGACCUGAAGGCGUAAGAGGGAUGCAAGGCUCCAAGGGGGAUAGAGGUUAUCCCGGGAUGAGAGGGGACCGGGGGAUGCGGGGCUUUAAAGGAGCAAAAGGGUCCGGUCUUCCCCAAAAGCGCUCGGCCUUCAGCGUUGGAAUCUCUCCCAGAAAGUCCUUCCCUCCGUCCGGCUUCCCCGUCCGCUUUGACAAAGUCUUCUACAACGAGGAGAACCACUUCAAUGUCAGCAGCAACAGCUUCAUGUGUGUCCACGCCGGCGUCUACGUCUUCUCCUUCCACAUCACCGUGCGCAAUCAGCCCCUACGCGCCACGUUGGUGGUCAACGGCUCGCGGCGGGUUCGGACGCGGGACUCGCUGUACGGGCAAGACAUCGACCAGGCGUCCACUCUGGUGGUGCUGAGGUUGGCGGUGGGUGACCGGGUGUGGAUGGAGACCCUCAGGGAUUGGAACGGGGUGUACGCCAGCAGUGAGGACGACAGCAUCUUCUCGGGAUUUCUACUUUACUCACCCUGACGCCGAUACCGUGUACUCGUGAACUCUUUACGCAUCUUGCAUUUUGUGUCAAGUCAAGGACUACUGGACAUGGUUUUCAUUGUCAGCUCCUUUUCAAUUAAAAAACCCUUGA